AUGUCCCGUGUCGGUGUUUUCGGUCAAAUCUCUGAAAUCUCUCCUCAUCUUUUCCUCUCCGGUGCACAAUGCGUGAGAGCCGAGAAAAUUCGACAGAAAAGCAUCUCUUUUGUGGUGAACGCGACGAUCGAGGAACAAGCACCGUAUGUAACGGGAGUCGAUUACUUGAGGGUACGCGUCGAUGACAAUCCCUACGCACCGCUUAGCGCUUAUUUUGACUCUGUGGCUGACAAGAUAAAAACUGUUUCGGACCGUGGCGGGAAAACCCUUGUGCAUUGUAUGGCCGGAGUGUCGCGUAGUGCAACACUUUGCAUGGUGUAUUUGAUGAAACACGAGAAGAUGACUCUCAGACAAGCCUACAAUCAUGUUAGGAGUCGCCGGCCGGUCGUUCGUCCAAAUGUCGGCUUUUGGAAACAAAUGGUCGACUAUGAGAAAAAAUUGAGAGGCACAACUUCGGUUCAAAUGCUGAUGACUCCACAAUGCGAUAUGCCGAUUCCCGAUGUUUACUGUGAGGAUUUGAAGAAAAUGGUCUCCAGUUUCCGUGAAUCUCCUUCUCUAUCUAGCUACACCCCACAGGCCGCGUAUUUGACCUCAAAGAGGAGCCGCUUCUUGACCGGAGCCACUCGUGCUGCUUCAAUGCCUGGCCGAAGUCCCUCGUCAAUUCUCUCAUCUCGUCCCUCGUCAGCCUCAUCACUCCUCCCGUUGACCCCGAAGUUCUCUCUCGUCUCCCCAGCGCCCAGUCGACGCCCUCGCGAAAAUAGUCUCUUCAGUAUCUACGCCUCGUCUCCUCGUUCGAAUUUCUUCUCGACAGCGUUUAUUUCGCGC